CGAAGCAAGUGUAUUACUGAAAACGCCGAGUAAUUUCUCUAUGGAGAAUGACCUCAUUGAUAUCAUGGCAGACAGUAAUUCUGAUAAUUUUUCUAUUGCUGCAUGCGAAAACCUGACCAACAACCUAACACAAACCAGUGUCCACCAUGGUCAUUCAGAGGAGGAUGUUUUGCUAAUGAGCGUAACUUCAGUCAUUCUUGGACUUCUUAUUCUCGCCACAGUUAUCGGCAACGUGUUCGUCAUCGCCGCCAUCUUUAUGGACCGAAAUUUGCGGUGUGUUGGGAAUUAUUUAGUACUCUCGUUAGCAGUAGCUGACUUAAUGGUGGCAUGUCUUGUGAUGCCCCUAGGAGCUGUUUACGAAGUAACUCAAGAAUGGGUCCUAGGUGCUGCCCUCUGUGACGUGUGGACUGCGUUUGAUGUUUUGUGUUGUACAGCUUCCAUUCUACACCUUCUGGCUAUUGCUGUUGACAGAUACUGGGCUGUGACUCAAGUUGAUUACGUAAGAAAUCGUAGCGCGCGACACAUCGGCACCAUGAUACUUACCGUAUGGACUGUUGCAUUUGUUGUCUCUUUAGCUCCUAUCUUUGGUUGGAAAGAUCCCAAUUUUUUGAAGCGUGUAGAAGAGGAAAAGCGUUGCCUUGUCAGCCAAGACGUUGCUUAUCAAGUAUUUGCUACCUUUUCUUCUUUUUACGUCCCUCUAGUGUUGAUCCUCAUUCUUUAUUUUCGCAUUUUUCGAGAAGCUAGGAAACGAAUUCGUCACAAACCGGGAAGUACGGUUCCGAAAGCUCGCAAGAUAAGGUGUAAAAAGUCCUCCACCAUGGCAGCACCUGUACCUUCUUGCAGUGAGAUGACAUCUUUCUCUAACUUGAAUUCCCAGACGGUCAGCCCAGAUAUGACCAGCUCAACAAAUGGUCUAGCAAGUCAAACUUCAGAUCUAAGUCGGAUGGAGAUACUUCCUAAAAAGAAGAGACACACCAAGGAGUCCUUGGAUGCCAAACGUGAACGAAAAGCGGCCAAGACUCUCGCCAUCAUCACUGGAGUUUUUGUAAUUUGUUGGCUACCAUUCUUUGUAAUGGCACUGUUGAUGCCUUUGUGCUUCGACUGUGAACCAAGUGCUGUACUAUUCAGUUUCUUGCUUUGGUUGGGCUACGUUAAUUCCAUGCUCAAUCCCAUCAUUUACACCAUAUUCAGUCCGGAUUUUCGGUCGGCGUUCAAGAAAAUGCUCUGUGGUGAAAUGGAAAGACAUCGACGAAAGAGGUAGCUGCUGUAUGUAAUGUUAUUGGCAAAAAAAAACAAAAAACGGACAGUAUGUU